CUGUCUAUCUGUCUGUCGUUGUUUGUCGAUCAGAUGAGAAGUACAAAAAACGAUGGUCAGUGAAGGUGUCAUCAGCGCUGUUGGUGACGCGCUAAUCCCUCGACCUCCGUAGUCGAAUCGUGUGUUUACAUUCGCGGAACCCUACGUUCAACAACAAAAACCUUUUCCUCGUCGAAAUGAUGAAAAAGUGUAGCCGUAGGUGGUGAAUUUAAAAUCCCCGAGGUUUUAUUUUAACGUGUGUGUGAGUGAGAAGCGGCAGAGAGAUGGACUACUGCAGGAAACAGGUCAAAUCAGACUGUGAGGAGCUGCUGAGCCGCUUCCAGCAAACAGAGUCCGUCCGCUUCGAGGUUUUCUCCAAAAUCUGGAGGGAAAUGAACUUCUCACAUAUUUUCUACGGCACUCUGAAGCGUGAGAAGCGAGCAUUCAGCCGUCUGGUUCUUGACAUCGCCUACAGCUUCUUCCUGCCGCCGUUCAGCUUCCAGAUCAGAGUGGGAGGACUUUAUCUGCUGUACGGCCUGUAUCAGUGUCAGACCGCCUCGCCCCCAGAGCAGAUCCGUCUGGCGCUGAAGGACUGGGACGAUGUGAAGAAGUUUGAGAAAGACGCUGUGGACGCUCAGCACUACGACACCGUCUACAUCUUCAGAAAGCUGAUGUCCCUCAAAGCGUUCCACUUUACUGCCAUGCCCACUCUGCUUGCCUACCAGAAGAAGAGGAAAGUGGAGAGGUCGGCGUUGUGUGAGGAUUUUUUGGAGCGCGCGUCUCGUCCACAGGAGUUGAUCAACAUCGAGCUGCUGGAGGAAUUGUCCAACAUUCACGGGCUCUACGAGAAGAUGAAGACUUCUGUCUCCUCCAUUUCAGAACAGGCAAAUUCAUCUGUCAAUCUGAUCCAUAAAGACCUCAUGCCUCGGCUGCGCAGCACUGUGGUGCAUUUCUACAACUGGCAGCAGAGGAAGGAUGGUGCAGAAGAAGAUGAAGACAGCGGUGAAGGAACAUCAUCUCAGCAGGAGUGCUCCAUAAGAGCCGAGCGCCUCGCCUCCAUCAAAUCCAAGGCAUACGGACAGGCAGCAGAGGCCUCCAAGUCACGUCGUCAUCGUCAGGUGGAGGUGGAUUUCACCAGUAGCGAGGCUGGACCCUCCAACACACCGGGCCCCUCCAGGAUUACUAAACCAUCACUCAAAGCCAGAACCAAUGAGAAUGUACAUAUCUCAGGUGACGUGUGGCAAGAAGCCACGACGACCACUCAGAUCAAUCGUCUCACCAGUCUGGACUCUGUUCCUGAAGAGAAACCAAGAAAGUCCAAAAAAUUCAAGUGGUGACGACGACAACAACAACAACAACAACAACAACAACAACGCAUGAAUCAACCUUCAUCCUGACUGGAGCUGCUGAUCAGGGCUUUUUAAAGAUUGUUUUAAGGAUGAUGUCUCAGUAAAAAUGCUCUUAUAUGUUUUAUCAUGCUAAUUUAAACCUUCAAAGUUAUUGCCACUUACUGGAAAGCUACAUCAUAAAAAUGUGAAUGUUUUUAUAUUUUAAAAUGUUUUAAUUUAUUUUUUAAAUGAGUGGAACCUCAUAAUGGCCUCAUCAUGGUAUUUGCUUCUAAUGUUAAAAUAUUUUAUAAAAUAUAAGCAUUUUAUAUAAAAACUUUUGUACAGUU